UAAUCGGAGAGCCCCGGAGAGCAGCCAACUUUCGUCAGGCCGUUCAAAGUCGAGCAACGAGCUGCCUCGAGCCGAAUCGAGGCAGCACAAAGCCAUGUUUCGGGAUUACCAUCCACCUGCGACGAGUAUAUUUACUGGUCUGGAACAAUUACUGGAACUAGACAAAUUAUCGAAAGCAUCGAACGAAAAGAAAAAGCUGAAGAAGCAGCAGAAGGAUAAACAACGACAACGGCCCUACAAAACGAACCUGCCGGACAGUAAAAUAUACUACAUCAAGCAAAAACCGAACGCAGCGAAACCCGUGACCCCCAGACCCGACAGUCCGGUGCACUACAUAAAGUUGCCGGCGGAGCCGUACGUGUACGAUCAAUCCUACGGCGGUUACAUCUCUCGACCUCCGGCAUUUUUCAGUUACAACCGUCCGGAUCCGGAGCGAAACUCGGCGCUGCUUCAAGUACCCGUGAAAUUUCUGAGCAACGGCAAGCCCAACGGCGUGUACACGUUAGCCCAAAAACGGCCCUCGAUAGAAUCGAGCAGCGACAGUCCGAUCAUCAGGCUGAGCGGCAGCUACAAGUUCAAUGGCAAGCCCAGCCGCGUCUACUUGGCCACGAGCGAGGACGAUCAGCGGGACAGUCCCGUAUACAAGCUCGACAACGGAUCGCCCUAUCUUUUCAACGGAAAGCCGCACAGUCACGUUUAUCGAUUGCAGCAGGACGCCAAGUCCAAGGCAGCGCGUCAAAAUACGAAAGCGGCGAUUCGACGGUAAUGAAGGCAGCUAGUCUCGCACGGGCCCUGCAUAUGGUCCUGCGCCAGCGAUGAGCCGGAUAUCGCGUUAUACGCCAACGAGUGUGUAUAAUACAAAGAGUCGGAAUGCGGA